AUUAUAGGUAUACUUAACACGAGAAAAAUCAUCUCCUCGAAACUACGAUUCUUGGCUGUGUGGAGGGGUGAUCGUAAGUAGUUGGUAUAUCCUGACCUCCGCGGCGUGCGCCGAAGAUGUACAGAAUAUGUACGCGAUUUCCGGCUACAACAAAUAUGUAAAGGAUUCCGAAAUAGACACUAACACUUGUACGAAACAUAUGAAGAAGAGAAUUGUUUAUACUUGCUUACCCGAAGCUUAUGGACUAGUUUACGAUCAACUGGAAGAAUGGUCCAAGCUCGACAUAGCACUGGUUAAAGUCGACCAGAAGUACAAAUUCAAGGACAGAUCGUACAUACAGUAUUGUGCGUAUAUGCCAACGAAAAUUAAUGUCAACUUCGAUAUUAAGUUCGAAGAAGCUGGAAGAAAGGCCAUUAUGUUGGGUUGGGGCCACGUCAUUAAAUGGCGAGAGAUCGAGGAUAAAACCGAUUACAACCAGAAUACACUUCGUUACGCUUCGACUACGAUAUUUUCAAAGAAAGAAUGCAAAAAUUAUUUUGAUAAACCUAACCUAACUGAUCUUAUAGAUAAUUUCAUGAUCUGCACGUACGAGCCAGGUGACCUCGAUGACAAAGGUCAAGUUAAGCGUUACCGACGAAAACAUAUUAUUAAUUUAAACGACACAACUGAAACUGCAAAGAGAACUGUCGAAACAGACGAGACAAAAGUAUUUCAAGGUCAAGACAAUAUAACUUCUAGCUCAAUGAUGUUUAACGCAACUCGUAGACAAGGAAUAUGCCAGAACGACCACGGCGGUCCUCUUAUAAGUUGGGUGGAGGGCGCGGAGUACAUCAUCGGCGUGGCCUCAGUGUUCAGAGUGAAUAGCAAGUCAGAGUGCAUAGGCCCUUAUCUCUUCACGAGUACCGCUCGCAACAGGAUUUUUAUUGAUUGCGUUCUUAAUGAGAAAAACCCUGCUCAAAAUGAGAAAGUACAGAAAAGACCUCAGAUUCCAAUCAGCAACUAUAGAGGGUAA